AAGUCAGUGUUUAUCUCUAAUAAAAAUUUAGUGAAGAAACGUUGUCUGAAAUGUUUGGCAAAUAUUUUCUCUUGUCGUUGGUUUUGGGGGUUUUCUAUUCAGGAGAAGCCGGACUUCUGGAUUCUGCUGGACUUCUGGAUUUGGAUCUACUGGAUGAAGAGGUGUCGCGCGUGCGUCGCGACGCUACUUUGACAGAAACUGACGACGAAGUUUGGACUAAGCGGUGGAAGAGUUGGUGCAACAUUAUCGAAAAAACUUCCAAAAGAAGCUUCAAUAUAUCUGUAAUCGGAUGGGAGAACGUUUACGACGCCUCUGGAAACAUCAAACAAGUCAACUCUCUAGAGCUAGCAUUUCCGGUCAGGAAAGGUGCUGAAACGGUGAAGAUGUUAAAGGACCAAAAUUAUAGAGAACUUCACGACAGAAGUGUACAGUACGAAGUUGCUAGAGUUUUGGAAGUUUACAAACGAAUCGGGGCACAAGGAGUUAUGGUUGAUGUUUUCCUAGAAGCUCGAGAUGAACAUCUGCAAAAUCGGGACGACUCUUCCAGUCUUCUGCACUGGACUCCCGAUUCUACAUACUUUAGAAUAGAUGGGUUAGUUACUUAUAGCAAAACCCAGAAUGCUACAGAUGAAGAAGUCGAGAAAUUCGUGGAAGAACUGCGUUCGAAGUCGUUGUUGUUACAACCGGUUGACGAUGCAGAAAGUUCUAGUCCCUCCGUGUCUAGUUAUGUUGUAGCUUCGUGGCAAGCGUCAGAUGAGAUCAUUCUAGCCGGUCCUAGAAUUUUGGCAACAACUAUUUUAGAUACGAAACAACAACCCGAAGACUUUCUCCCCAAAAGGUUAGCUCAAGAGUUUGACUUGCACUUUCCAAACUACGACUGGAGCGUCUUGGUAAACCCUGGCGAGUUCUACCUAGACAAAGACGUCUGGAUUAAAUUAUCCACACACGGUUUCGACUUCCACGAAGGACAAGACGACAUCUAUUUCAUAUACGGGAUUAAAAUUUAAAUGUACUUUUAUUAUCAAUUAAACAGAAUAUAUCAUG